AUGCGUUGGACACUCGCUUUCAUCGUUCUCAUCGUCUGCCAAGGUAAACGACAGCACGUGUUUGCCGACGAUUUCUGAAAAACGUUUUUCGGAGGUGUCCUGUCUUUUGGCAGUCUGAACCUCAACGACAUUACAAAAACACUCGAAGCGAAAAAUGUGACGGAUCCGAUCGGGAAUGCUAUCAAUCGAAGCAUCCAAGCGAUCAACAACACUGUCAGCAAUGCGGUUGUCAAUGGAACCGUCACGCACAUCAACAAUAGUGUUGGAGACGUUGCAAACGGAACCGUCCACAGUCUAAACGGUACUCUCACCAAUGCGGUCAGCAAUGUCUCGCAAGGAGUUUUCAAUGCUGCCAACAAUACUUUGAGUGUGGUCAACGGGACGAUUUCAGUUUUGAGCAAUGCCACCCAAACGGCUCACAACCUUGGAAACAACACCCUUCAGAUGCUGAUCAAUACGACGAAUCCGUCGUCCAACUACCAAGGUCCGGGUCCGAACGCAACGUGGAAUGGAACUGGUAAUCAGGCGGCCGGAAACGUUGGUCUCCAUUGUUAUGUAAAUCUACAAUAUCUCAAUUAUUGUUCUUUCAGAAAAAUCAUUUCGAGCAACUGCCCAACGGACUCAAUUUCAGCGCGUUGAACCCGAAUUUCGAGGCUUUUGUACGUAUUUUUCUGAAAAAUGUUCUACACAGUCACAGAAGAUUGUCUAGAACGCUACCGACGUUUUUAGUCGAGUGGUGGCCAACAACAAGGAGGUGUACGUGUUGCAUUCGGUGCAGACGAACGGGAAAACGAUGGUAUUCGAUCCGUACACGAUCGGACAAGUGAUCGGCUACAUUUAUGAGGUACGGUAGGGUAUGCAAUGCAAUGUCACCGGUUACGGUAGCUUUGAAAGUGUGAAUUGUGACGUGACGGUGUCUACACACACAAUUUCAACUUUCAGCUGGCCGAGUUCGGACCUCAAGGACCGCCCGGAGGAUUCACGAUCGCACUGAUGAACGGCGGAAACCUUCCGUCGAGCCAAAAACGAUCGGUCCCUGGAAAGAGCAGAGCGGCGACGCUCAUUUUCCGAUUGAAAUCUAAGAGAUCCGAGGACGUCUGGAACGAUGUGCCCUACGAUGAUUUGGAACAAUUGCAAUCAAUAUUUUGA